AUGGUCCUGCAUAACAUCCUCUCCAAAGCUCUGCUAGCUUCGCUGACCUUUCAUAUGGGUCUAGCACUUCCAGCUCCCCAAAUGGGAGACUAUGGAGAGAACAAAGGCCCUGUAGGUGGUGUCGACCCUCCAACCCCGACAGUAACUUCUACAAGUGGUUCACUCUAUGGUGACUCCAGCCUACUUGGUGGCAACGCCCGGCGUCCAGACCCCGACAAGUCCGAUUCUGCCGUUGUCAAGAACCCAAAGCUUGUCAAUGGCCAACAAGCUGAUCCUAAGCUUGGACUCUACUUGGACUUUGACGGCGUCGAUGUUCCCCAGCCGAUCCGUGGUAAACUAGGUGCCACGGACCCUGGUCCUCGGACUUAUGCCUAUGAGAAGCUCAAUCCGGAUUUGUACGCCCCUCCAGGUACUGAUGCUGGAGAUGUUCCCAAUGCUAUGUGGCCUCUUGGCCUUUCCCACAAUCGACUUGGGAGUGAGCCUGGCGCUGGAUGGGCUCGGCAGCAGAACCAAGAUGUGCUCCCCGCUGCAACCGCAAUGGCAGGAGUGGACAUGCGUCUUGCGCCAAACGCCUACCGCGAACUGCAUUGGCAUACUUCAUCUGAGUGGUCUUUGGUAACCAAAGGCUGUCUUCGGAUCGCUGCCAUGAACGAUGACGGCCAGAACACUGUCGACGAUCUCUGCGCUGGUGACGUUUGGUUCUUCCCUGCUGGUGUACCUCACAGUCUGCAAGCUUUCGAUGAGGGAGUUGAGUUUCUGCUCGUCUUUGACGAAGGCGACUUUUCUGAGGAUGAGACUUUCCUGGUGUCGGAGCUAUUCCUGCGAAACCCUACUUCGGUACUAGCUAAGAACUUUGAAACCGACACUUCUGCCUUUGAUAACAUUCCAAAGGAUCAACUUUACAUCUUCAACGGAACCCCAGCGCCCAAGGACAUUGAAAAGCAAAACGUGACUGCCCCAGGGGGUGCAUUGAUUGGAAACUCUUCAUACACGUACCACUGGUCUCAGCAGAAGCCACACACCGUCCCUGGAGGCUCCGUCAAGAUUAUCGGCCCCACAACCUUUCCCAUAGCUAAAGGCUUCUCAGCCGCCCUCGUGGUCGUGCAACCUGGCGCCCUUCGAGAGAUUCACUGGCACACUACCUCCGACGAAUGGAGCUACUUCCUCCAAGGCAGUGGCCGAGUGACUGUGUUCAAAGCUCCCGAGUCAGCCCGUACAUUUGACUUUACCGCUGGCGGCGUUGGAUACAUCCCUGCAGCUAACAGCCACUACGUUGAAAACACUGGGGAUGAAGAUUUGAUCUUCCUUGAGGUUCUUCAGGCGCCCAAGUUCUCAGAUAUCUCGGUUGCUCAAUGGCUUGCGUUGACACCUCGGCAGGUGGUGAAGGACCAUCUCCAUGUGUCUGACGAGUUUCUAGACUCUUUGCCCAAGGAGAAGCAGUUUAUCAAGGUCGGUGAUGUGAAUAUGACGGCUAUUGCGGGUGAUGAUUAG